CUGAAGCAACAGAGAGAAGCUGUCAAGCUGACACUGGCAUGCUGCAGCUAUGAGGCCGGGAGCCGAGUACACCAUGGUCCACGGCCCGGCGGCGUCGGCGGCGGGGCCGAGCUCGAGCGCCGUCGAGCCGGCGCCGCGGUCGCCGUGGCAGUCGCCGGUGCCGUACCUGUUCGGCGGGCUCGCGGCGAUGCUGGGGCUCAUAGCGCUGUCGCUCCUCGCGCUGGCGUGCUCCUACUGGAAGCUCGCCGGCAGCAGCUCGGACGGCGGCGGCGGCGGACGGGAGAGCCGGGACGACGGCGGGGAGAAGGGCUCGGCCGCCGGGGGCGCCGGGCAGGCCGGGCGGUGGCGGGACCACGUGGUGGUCAUCAUGGCCGGCGACGAGCGGCCGACGUUCCUCGCCACCCCGUCGUCGACGCGUGCCGCGGACGCCGCGGCGGUCGGCAUGGCAGUCUGCUGCAGCUGCGGCGCCUCCGGCUCGUCGUCGACGGAGGCGAAGACGACGGCGGAGUGCGAGGCCAGCACGCGGCCAGCCGGCGACGGCGAGCCGCAGGCGCAGAGCCCAAGCGAGCAAAAUAGCAGUAGUCACAGCGCUGUAAUUACUAGCUCUAACUCAACGCAAAAUUAAGGUCAUAAUUAAUACCUCUGUUUCAUAUGUUGUGUAUCCUAAAUUCAUAUAGAUAUCAAUGA